AUGGGAAUCCAGGCGCCAUCCAAGGACGUCGACCUCUCGGCCCUAACAUUAGAGGUGAUCGAAAGCCACCAUAUCCGUCUGAAUGCGACUGCCGCACAAGCGGCGUUGAAUAUCAUGUCCGUUAGCGCUUCGAGAACCCACUCGCUGUUCAGAGAAAUGCUGUCACCCGUCGAGGAAAAUGGAUCCGUUAGUUACACCGGCACGGAGUGGGCUGUGAGCUCGCGAGUGGCGCUGCCGCGGAGUGUGAGCUUGUGCUCGCAGAGCGUGCGGACGAAGAUGAUCGCGAUCGACCAUGCUCUUGAGGUUCGCGCAAAGUUUCGGGAUCGGAAUGGGCGGUUGUUCGAUGCGUACAUUGCGAUCAGUAUCCCGUUCUCGAUAUAUGACUCCUCGGGUUGUGGGGCUGGAUGGGAGCAUUUGCGAAAAGGUUCUGGAGUAAGGCACGUGUCCGCCUCCAACGUAUGA